AGGUGGUCCCGCCCACCGGCGCCCUGCGGCCCGCCUCCCCUCCACGCCGGGGUUUCUGGCCGGUCCCCGCCGCCCGCCCCGGUGUCCUGGCGCCUCCACCGCGGGCGGGUCGAGCCGCAGGAAGCUGCGCUCGGCGGGAGUGGAGCCACGGGUGCGUUGGGCCCGUGCGAGUCGGUGAGCAGGCUCCCCAGGCCCCCCACGUCCCCCAAGACGUCCUCCCGCCGGGGUCCCGUCAGCGCCGUCGCAGACCCGCCCCGUCCUGGGCCUCCCGGGCCCCUUCCCGCUUGUCGGGGGCAGUGAUCAUGACUCAUGGUUCCCAGUACGAAGGAAAGACCACUUUACCCCCGAGGCAGAGGCGAAGCAGGAACCCCCAGCCCCAUCUCUUCUCUGCUCUGCUUGAGUCUUCUGGAAUGGACUCGCCUGCCGGGAGGCUGGGUCACCCUUGGUCCUGGGCUUGCCUGCUUUCUGGGGAACACAGGCAGCCCAGGCAGUGGUAGCAGUGGCGGUGAGGCCUGAGGCUCUGGCCACAGCGUUCCUAGCAGAGGAUGCCCCAGGCCCUGGAGCGUGCAGAGGGCAGCUGGGCCUGGGUGGUCCUGCUGGCCACUGUGGUGACACAGGGCCUCACCCUGGGCUUCCCCACGUGCAUCGGCAUCUUCUUCACUGACCUGCAGCAUGAGUUCCAGGCCAGCAACAGCGAGACCUCCUGGAUCCCCUCCAUCCUGACGGCCAUGCUCCACGCAGGUGGACCCCUGUGCAGCAUCCUGGUGGGACGCUUUGGCUGCCGAGUGACAGCAAUGCUGGGCGGGGUGCUGGCCAGCCUGGGCAUGGUGGCUGGCUCCUUUUGCCACACCCUCAACCAGCUGUACUUUGCAGUAGGAUUCAUCUCAGGCCUGGGCAUGUGCUUUAGCUUCCAGUCGACCAUCAUCGUGCUGAGCUUCUACUUCAUCCGCCGGCGGGUGCUGGCCAACGCACUGGCCUCGGUGGGCGUCUCCCUGGGCAUCACGCUCUGGCCGCUGCUCGCCCGCUACCUCCUGGAGAACCUGGGCUGGAGGGGCACCUUCUUCGUCUUCGGUGGGGUUUUUCUCCACUGCUGUGUCUGCGGGGCCAUCCUGAGGCCCGUGGCCACCAGUGCGGCUGCUGAAACCAGAGAAAGACCCCCUCCACCUCCCAAGACACCCGCUCGCGGCUGCCUGGCAGCGUGUGGCUGGGCCCUCCAGCGCCACCUGGGCUUUGACAUCUUCUGGCACAAUGCAGGCUAUCGCGUGUUCACGCUGGGUGUCAUGUGGAUGAUCCUGGGUUUCCCGCUGCCACAUGUCUUCUUGGUGCCGUACGCCAUGCGUCAUGGGGUGGACGAGCACAGGGCGGCCCUGCUCAUCUCCAUCAUCGGCUUUAGCAACAUCUUCCUUCGGCCCAUGGCUGGGCUGCUGGCAGGCCGGCAGGACUUUGCUGGCCACCGCAAGUACCUGUUCAGCCUGGCAAUCCUGCUCAAUGGGCUCACCAACCUGGUGUGCACAGCGUCGGCCGACUUCCAUGUGCUGGUGGGCUACUGCCUGGUGUACAGCGUGUCCAUGAGCGGAAUUGGUGCCCUCCUCUUCCAGGUCCUCAUGGACGUCGUGUCCGUGGAUCAGUUCUCCAGGGCCCUGGGUCUCUGUACCGUCCUGGAGAGUAUCUCCAUCCUCGUCUCCCCCCCACUCGCUGGGCUCGUCCUGGACACCACCAACAACAACUACAGCUAUGUUUUCUGCAUGUCCAGCUUCUUCCUCAUCUCAGGCGGCCUCUUCAUGGGUGGCAGCUUCUGUGCCCUGCAGAAGAAGGAGAAGCAGGGCAGGCAGGCUGAGGCGGAAGCAGCCGCCACGGAGGCUGCUCUAGAGCGGGCCCUCACUGUGGAGGGCCCCAGAUCUGAGAAGCAGCCGUGCACCGAAGUCAUGUACGUGACCAGUGUCUGAGCCCCAGGAUCACAUGUGUGACCGGCACCUGAGCCCUGAGGGUAGUGAGUAACCACUGCCUCGGCCCAGGAAUGGGGGAUGUCUAGCUGCUUCCCCAGGAGGCUUGGUGAAGUGCUACCCAGAGAGCUUGAACCAAAGGUCGGCCAGGCUCUGCAUAUCAGGACUCAGCCAGGAGCUGGGACCUUGGAGGCUGGCCUCCGAAGACUCAGGGUUGCUUUCAGUGAGCAGAAUCCAGGGGCAGGUCCUCCCGACUUUUUUCCUUGGGCACCAGAGUACUUGGGGCCCAAGAGGGCAAGUCCAAGCCCUGUCAUGGCCGGCUCGGUUCAGCUGGCAGCCACUGUUGAUGCAACAACUCAACACCCUGGCCCCUCAAGUUCAGCCCGGAUACCUCUGUUGUGACUCUGUCCUCCAGCCUCCAGACAGUUCCAGAUUCUGAGGCCCUCCUGUCCUCCUUUUUCCCAGUGACCCAGCCCUUGCCCUUAGGGCCGUCUCCAGCAUAAAUCGCUGGGCCUCACGCUGACUGGAACUUUGGGAAGAAGGGCAUUGAGAGAGCAUGACCUGCGGCAGUGGAGGGCCACACCGAGGAGCUGGCCUGGAUGCAGGGUUUAGGGUUCAGACAGAUUAAAUGUUGAGUAGAGUUCCCAUCCUGGUGUCUGUGCAGAGAACUGGAGGGGAGCCCCUGACUUGGGCCCUAGUAUCGGUAAAGUCUGAGGGCCCCCUGCACACUCAGCAGAGCCCACUCCAGGGUCUCCUUCCCUCCUCUGCCCCACCCCGCGUCUUGGCCCGGAAGAUUAGUGCUGGGGUUGGGGGAAGCCAGACAUCUGACAAUGGAGAAGGAUUGCUGGGCAGGGCCCAAGGACCUCUGUGGAAACGGAGCUGCUUUUGCAACAGAAGCCCUUUCACUCCCUUCUCCUGCCAUUCUCUUCUCCCUGCCGUCAGAGGUCUCAACCCGGGGGCAAGUAGCUGGCUCGGCCAGCUGCCAGUCCAACCCUGCUCCCCAUUCUCCUGUGCCUGUAGCCUGGAGGCCAGA